AUGAGUACUAUAUCUCAUGCAGCCAUCACUCUGGAACAGUCGGGUUUCACAACUGCAGAUAGAAAUGGUUUUCAAAUGUAUCAAUUAUUCCCACUUCACUACCGAAUGCAUGAGCACUUUGUCCCGGACGUUGGCCCAGUUCGAAUUGCCAAGCAGAUGGGAGUAUCGAAUAAAGUGUGCUACGUAUCAAUGAUGAAUGGCAAAUAUUCACAGAAUAAUGUGAUCGUAUUCAACGUGGAAACCAACAGUGACGAAACUGAAAUUACAACACCAUCACGAUAUGGCGCGGUGACAAAUAUUCAAGUUUCUCACAACCGUCUCGCAGUAUUCACUGCCACCAGACUGUUCGUUUACCAGUUCCCGGACAAUAUUAAUCAAAUCAGAUCCGAAGAUAUCCGUCCGAACCCAAAAGGAAUUUCUGCGAUGAGCUAUGAUCCUACAACAUCAGCUUGUUAUCUUGCUUACCCUGGUUUCAAAACGGGAAGUAUCCAAAUUAUGAAUUUGAACACACUCACUGCCCGUGAAUCAAAGUCUCCAGUUGUUAUCGAUGCUCAUGUCACAGAAAUUGUUCAAGUUGCGUUGAAUUGCCAGGGAACUCUUGUUGCUUCCGGAUCAACGAAGGGAACUGUUAUCCGAGUUUAUGAUGCGAGAACAAAAGGAAUGCUGUACGAACUUCGUCGUGGAUCAGUUCAUGCGCAUUUACAAUGCCUUGCUUUCUCACCAUGUUCCAGUUAUCUUGCUGUUGCUAGUGAUAAAGGAACUCUUCAUGUUUUCGGAAUUCGAGAUGCGGAACCACAAAAACGAAUGACAGUUCUCGAAAGGAAUCUUGGAAGCAGCAGUAUACUCAAGAUUCAACUUGAUCGUCAGGUUUUGGCUCUCGGAUUUAGUAAACAAACAGCAAAGAGUCUUACCGGUCUUGUGGCAGUUUGCUCAGAUGCAUCAUAUUGGAGAUACCAUUUCAGCAAAGAUGUUAACGGAAAAGUACACAGCUCGCCACCAUUCUACGAGGAGCUGUUAGAAUUCUCAGCCGAUGCUUCAUUUUUCCGAACUCCUUUGGACUAA